CAGCAUACUUCAGCUUCCACCUACUUCAGUAUCUUCAUCCUCUCGGAAAAGUGCUGCUCUACUACUCAAGAAAUAGAAAGCACGUGCUGAUUUGAGAGAAAGUGCUGACAAUGUCAUGGUGUGAUCAUAUCAACGUGAUGCAAACUGGAUAUGUUUUGCUAUUUUGGGUAUUUCCCAUUUUCUUGGAAGGAUGCUGUGUGAAAAGCAAUCAACAUUACAAAACAGGUCCUCGCAUGACGAUGCCGCAGCAGCACUAUCGAGUUGUGGAGGGUGAAAUGUUUCUGAUGCCGUGCACCAACAACAAGGUGACAUGGUACAAGAUUAGAGGAGACAGAAAAGAAGAUGGAGGCUUUUAUUUUGACUGUGGGAGCGAGUUCCUCAUCGAAGCCAAACAUUCAGGAAAUUACACUUUGCUUACUGGCAAAAUGUUCCUCUACCUCCAGGUGCUGAACAAACAGCGCCUGCCAUGUUACAUAGCUGAGGAGGGGGUUGUCACACUGCUUGCUGGUGCAGGAGGAACGAUCCCCUGCCCCGGUUUCAACUGUAUAGAGAGCACAGGUGUCACAUGGUACAAGGGUGACAGAAGGAUGUCAAAAAAGUAUCGUGACCUCUGCGUGAAGAAUGGCCAGUUACAUCUCUGCACAGUUAGCCACUACGACACAGGGCAAUAUUUUUGUGAUCAACACUUUGAAGAACAAGGAGUAGAAUGGACCUUCAGGAGGCCUGUUACCGUAAUAGCCAUACCCUUUAAAGAAGUGAGUGAUCCUCCAAGGAUCACAUCACCGGACAACGGCACAGCACAGGAAGUGGAGUUCGGAGAGCCCCACACUCUUACAUGUCUGGUACAUUUUCCUUUUGAACUCAACUUUUCACCACGAGUGCAGUGGUACAUAAACUACGGAGGCAAUGUGGAGAACAGAACUCUGCUACGCACAGAGAGCCAGAAAAAGAAAAAGGUGUCAUUUAAAGAGUUCAUGGUCACAACCAGCGCUAUCAUACGGGAGGUGACGGCUCUUCAUCUCAAUCACAUGUACACUUGCAUGGCCUCAAACUCUGUUGGCAACACGAGCGCCACGGUCAACCUCAAGAGGAAAAAUAAAAAGAAAUGGCCAUCACUAGUUGGUUAUCCAAUUGCAUCACUGCUGUUGGUCGCUGGAGUGGGCAUUGUUUUGCAUGUGAAAUGGUUGGAACUCCAACUAAUCUACAAAUCAUGCUUUCAAAGUGGAAAGCUUGAUGAAGAUGCGAAAGAGUUUGAUGUGUUCUUGUCUUAUGUGUGGACCACUCCGGAUGAGCAAGCAAGUUUGACGCUCUCGUCGCGAUCAGGACCAGAAUCGGACGAUUAUCCAUCCACACUUGAGCCAUUCAACUUUCAGCAUGUUAUCGACGAUUUGAGGCCACCUGAGAUGCUGAUUCCCAUGGUUUUGGAAGACCUGUGGGGGUAUCGCCUCUGUUUACUGGAGAGGGACAUGCUUCCUGGUGGAGCCUACACAAACGAUGUGGUGCAUGCAAUCAGAAGAAGUCAAAUCCUCAUCUGUGUUGUGUCUGCUGACUACUUGUCCAACAGCAAUGCUGUGUUUGUUCUGGAAUCAGGAAUUCAGGUUUUGUUGCAGAGUUCUACUCUCAAACUUUUGCUGAUACGGACAAGUAGAACUUCCAAAUGUUUCGUAGAGCCAGAUUCCCCUCUGCCCUCAGUGGUCCGAAGAGCAUUGACGGUGCUUCCCAGCCUGGACUGGAAUUUGGGACAAAGUGAAAGAGUGAAUGGCAAAUUUUGGACGUUGCUGAGGAAGGCCUUACCCAAAAACAAAGUAAGACCUGUCACUGGAGUCAUAUCACAUGCCCAUUUUGGACACAAUGAUCACAGAAACCAAGAGUAAGGAAUGGGGAUGCACUGAUUCCACUUGUUUUCAGAAGUAUUCAUCUGCCAUACGGGCAUCAAUGUCAUACUAUCGGAGCAAAUUCAAGUACAGAUGAACAGCAUCGGUAAGCAAAACGCAAUGAUGAACAGAUUGUCUGACA